UUCCUCAGAAAAUCCAGGAACGACAUAUCGUGCGAAAUUCCAUUGAAAUUCAUUCUCAGAAACAGGGUAGGUAAGGGAUAACAUCAAGGUCUGGAUUAUUUGACUUUUGCGUUUCAUCUUUAUUCGGAACUCUUAUCGGUUAAGAAAUUGGAAUCCAUCGGCUGGGAGUUUGGGCUGCUCCCAUUGCUGCGGAGGGGUCUUGAAUUGAAUUUUCCAGGGAGAUUUUCAGGCCAAAUUCGGGUUUUUCUUUCAGCCCUGAUUAAACUUGUUAGAUUAAUUUUUGUGGGUCGUACUGAAAUGGGGCAACAACAAUCGAAAGAUGAAUUGUUGUACCAGCAAGUUAGCUAUGGAAACACAGAAGGGAUUAAAGCCCUUUGCCGAGAGGGUGCAGGCCUUGAGUGGAUUGAUAAGGAGGCGAAAACCCCUUUGAUUGUGGCCUGCAUGAGUCCUGAGCUUCACAAUGUUGCGAGAACUUUGAUAGAACUUGGUGCUAAUGUUAAUGCGUAUCGGCCUGGGCGUCAUGCUGGCACUCCUUUACAUCAUGCAGCUAAAAGAGGUCUUGAAAAUAAUGUCAAGUUACUCCUUUCUCAUGGAGCAAAUCCUUUGAUCAUAAAUGAUGAUUGUCAAAGUCCUCUUGAUGUUGCUAGAGCAAAAGGUCAUAGCAAUGUAGUUCGAACAAUCGAGAGUCAUAUUUGUUUGUUCUCGGGUUGGUUGCGGGAAUUUUAUGGACCAGGAUUUUUGGAACUACUGGCUCCUCAAUUGGUCUCAAGGAAAGUUUGGGCUGUUAUUUUACCAUGUGGGGCGAGAAACCUUACAAAGCCUUUCAAGCUGGAGCUUGCAAUCUACGCAACUCUACAGGAUGCUCAACCACGUAUUGUUGUUCCACUGUGGCGAGCCGAUUUGGAGGAGACAAAGUUACAGCAUUCUGAUCCAUCGGUUAUGAUUGUGGAUAAUGCCGCAAAAACUCGCUUGAAACUUGCUUCUGGGAAUGAAAAUGACAAGGAACAACUUCAGUGGUUUUGCAAUGCAUGCAAAGGAAUUCCUUCGAUGAUGCACCCGACAUUUAUGAAUGGUACCCAUGGUUCGGGUGUUUCGGCAACUGCACCACUGGACUCAGAAGAUGUGGAGCUAGCCAUGGCGAUUAAUGCUUCCAUCCAGUCAGCUAUCCAUGGGAGACCACCCAUUCCUGAUCCCCAUCCAAGUUCUGAAGCAAGUACCUCUAGUAGCCAUACAGGUCCAGUUGAACCGACAACACAUCCUACAAAGUUAGUCACUGAAGAAUCAGAAGUGCAUGAAGCUGGCCAGAGCAGCACUUCAAACGAACAUCCUCAAAUCCAGAUUAACAGUAUCCCUCCAGAUGCUGUACCUUCAGCUCCAUUGGCAGCAGAUGAGAUUCUGGACGAUGGUGUGAUUCACUAUCCUUCGAUCGAUUCAAGUCCAAUUGAGUUAUCUCAAACUGCUCAGAACGGUCCCUUACAAGCGGGUGAAGGAAAAGAGGAAACAAGUUCUUCGUCCUGUAUCAUAUGCUUGGAUGCCCCUAUUCAAGGAGCCUGCAUUCCAUGUGGACAUAUGGCUGGGUGCAUGGAUUGCUUGACCGAAAUCAAGUCCAAGAAAUGGGGUUGCCCUGUUUGUCGCGCCAAAAUUGACCAGGUUGUCAGAUUGUAUGCUGUAUGAGUCCGGAACGGUGAAUUAUACUGUGAGUAAACUCUUUAAAUGUACAGUUCCUGUUUAUAUAAUUUUCAAGAUAUAUAAACCAAUGUAUUUUAUCUGAUUGGGUGGACACAAGAGGUAAUGUAAUUUGAAUACAAUUUAUCAAUAUCCCUUAAACAGCGCAGAUAUUCUUGAAGCCCCAA